AUAGCAUGUGGAUUUGCUUAAGUUAUGGGUCUUUGAUUCGCGCCCGUUUUUAUCGCCCUUCGCCCUUAUGCUUUUUCCCUUUGCCCUUGAACCUUCUCCAUAGCCCUGCGAUCGUCUCUGGAUCGUGGUCAGCAAUCAUCCUGGACGGUUCGGUCUGCACGGCCGACAGCAUCCACUUUGCAACGUGUUGGGCUUCUCGCACCCACCAGCCUUAGCUCCGUUUCUGUUCCUAUGUAUAAGUCCCGACUCUCUCGUCGGCCCCAUGUUGAUACCUCUGGUCUACCGUUGCUCCUACUAUCAUUCCUGACUAAUAUACAGAAGACAUCGACAUCCCAUGCCGUCCACCGACCCAACUGGUUCUCCCGCGAUAUAUCAGUCUAGACUGUCUUAUUAUUAACAACAAAAUGGCCCUGGACGCUCAAGACACUGUCUUCUCCAUCACCCCACCAGCAAGCGAUAUUGACGAAUUCGAAAAGACCGGGCUGUUGGCUUAUUCACCAUCUGUUGCCCGAUAUUGUUAUCCUUCCCCUACCCCUUCCAGCCAGGAGCAUUCAAAAUCGGUGUCGUCCGACUCGUUGUUUAUGCUUCCUGAAUUGAUCAUGUCGAACCCUCAGGAUCACCACCUCCACAACAUCUCCUUUGAUACUCCAAUGCCACAAGCUUCAUUCUAUCCAGUUCCUGAGACAACCAAUCCAUCACUAUCACAGUUUGCGCCUGCUCCAGACAUGCUUUAUGGCAUGUAUGAAUCGAGCAGCUGGUAUUCGUACCCCAACUAUACCAGUGGUCAGCAGAUACAGCAAUAUGGCGCACCUCAGUCGACUCAAUUUUCCAUUGACGACCCCCUUGGUCCCCCGUUGGCGAACAUUGUUCCUCCUACCCCAAGGGAAGUUCAACCUGUUCAGUUUGACCAGCUGCCAAUGCCCUCGACCAUUCCCUCACACCAACAUUUGAGUGCCUCGCCCGCCUUUUCUCAGGUCUCCCACCACAGUGCGGGUAGUCACCGGAGUAGUGUUUCGUCACUGUCCAGGUCCUGUUCUCCGGCUUCGUCGUACCCAACACUGGGACAUGAGCAGCCAGCAUUGAGGCAGACGCCUCGGUCCAACUCGACAUCGUCAAACACUUCAUUACACGCUUACGGCAUCCCGGUCCAUGAGCCAACAUCAAUGCCAUCUUCAUCAUUAAGUCCCCACCCUCAGGCGUGGCGAUGUGCAUUUCCAGGGUGUACGUCUCGAGCGACAUUCACUCGAGGAUGCGAUCUACGCAAGCACUACAACCGGCACAGCAAGCAUCUUUUCUGUCGAGUUAAGGGCUGUCCGCAAAGCGAAGCUGCAGCGUCUGCCCGUGCCAAAUCCUCAGACCAACCCCUAACGGGGGGAUUCAGCAGCAAGAAGGACCGGGCGAGGCAUGAAGCCAAGCACAACCCCGGGAUUAUGUGCGAGUGGCGAGGUCCAGACGGAGAAGAAUGUGGUCGUGUUUUUUCCCGCAUGGACAACAUGAAAGAUCACGUCAGACGCAUCCACAGUAAAGGACAGGCCCAACAACAACAGCAACAGAAAAUUCAACGACAAAGUCAAUCAAGUCGGGCCUGAUACCAUCUUCCCCCGCAAUCGCCCUAUCUGCACGACUGGAAACUUCUGAAUUUCCACGUGUGACAGACAGCACGUCUGACCUGUAAAGUAUGAUUUAUCUACGAUGUUUACGAGGACAGGACAGGACAGGACAGUGAUAGGUGGUAUUGUCGAGUCAGGGUUCCAAGUGUGCUGGUCCAUACUGAACCAAGAGGAUGAUCUUGCUCCUGGGCACGACAAGAGUGAGGGAAUUGGAACCCCUGGGUUCCAAGCUCUCACGAUUCUGACGAGGUACUGGGAGGAUCUAUUGCAUGUUACGGCCUACAAAGGGUGUGCGCGAGAAUUGCAAGUCUGUACAAGAUUCCCAUCUCAUCUCCGCGGGAAACAAGCAUAAUAGAAGCAGCGGAGAUAUUUUCAUCCAUGGAGCAUAUCAUGACAGAAACAUAGCGGACUUGGCUUAGUAGCCUGUUCCAGCCUAGCGUGUUCGAUCUAGCUAUAGCAGACGACCAAACAAUAUUACAGAGAAUAUUGAUGAUUG